GCGCCGCACCUGCAGCCCCGGCCUCCGGCCGCCCACUUACCGGCCGCGGAAAACGGCUGCUGUUGGUUUUGACGCCGCCCGCUUCCCGGACCGCCUUUUUCUUUAUUUAAUUUGUCUGCCUCUGUGUCUGCACCGGUGGAAACAAGAAGACGGCCGUGAGCGAUUUCCUCGUGCACCACACACUGCAUGCAUCCAUGCCAUUGAACACGGUCACUUAUUCGUUUGGUCUGGCCCCGUUUGUCGGUCGCUGUUUCAACCUUGCUCUUCCUUCCCUUUUUUCGUGGCUUUUUUGGCUCGGGUCAUCCCGAGUCCGUCCGUCAGCGGCUGACCGCCGUUUUAUUCCCUUGGAAUUCCGCCCCGCGUUCCUUUUUAUCCCUUUCGCCCCCUUACUCGCUUUUCUGUCCCUUUUUCGUCGAAUCUUCUUCGGGCAUUCACUGCAUGCAAUGGAUGGAUUUCAUCCGACUGCACUGCCAAUUCCACGGGAUGUCGCGCUGUCGCGCUGUCGCAGCCCUUUGGGCCUAAUGGGCAGCCGUCGACCACCUGUUUACUCGCCUUGCACACAAUACAUGCAUGCAUUUAUGCCAUUCGUGCUGCUCGCCGGAGUCGAGCUCCGACGCCGGGCCGCCUGUCUGCCUGCCUGCGUGGUGGGCGGGCGAGACAACUCACCGCCGGGCUGGCUGUCGAAUCUCCCUUCUCCUUCUGUCCAAACUAAAAUAGGGGCGCCAGCCAAGACAAGCAAAGCAAGGAACCGGCCGUCGUUUGCCUCACUAAUCGGCCGGGUCGAGUUUGCACCCACCGGCCCGUCGCAAACAUCCCCCCUCCCAUUUGUCAAUUGCGAGUUUUAUUUUCUUGCCGACUUCCGCUGACGUGCACAAUGUGCCCUGUUUCAAGCCCUCGCUACUAUCAGUGAUCGUCGGGCAGCCCACCGAUAAGACGGCCGCAAGGUCGCCGCACCCUGCAUGAGUCGACUU